AUAUUACGGGAGUCAUAACAAUUUUUCUGUUUUUUUUUUUUAAAUAUAUAGCCCAUUUCUGUCCCUUUGGCCGGAUAUUGGCCAUUAAAGAACUCGACCAAAAUUUUUCAUUAAUAGAUUUUAUUUAUCAGUUUGGAAGUGAUUUGAGAAAAACUGUGACAGUUAUCAUGUCCAUCUCACUAGAUACCUCUUUCCACCAUCUGAGGAUGUCGAGGGACGAGGACUCCCCGGCAGAGCUCACUUUAAUAAACAUCCUUGGUACCACGAGGAGGUAGUGAGUUGCCUUGGUGCGGAGAGAUUACGUAUUUGUAUCCAUGCACCCCGUUUCGUGAUCCUGUUGGAUUCUGCCUCGUAUGCUAGUGCUGGCAACAGCUCUGACACCUCAAACAGCAGACACCUAUUCCCGCACGAGUCAGGAUCACGCCCAAGAACUUGGGCACCGUUAUUCUCGCAGCUCUGAGUCAUAAGUCGGGGAAGUUGGUGAUGCGACACUUCGGAAGGCUACAAGACCUUUUCAUGGGCAAUGCUGGCAGGUAUAGAACACGGGGGGCUACCUGCGGUAAGGAGCGAGGCUGGUGGCGAUAUCGCCGAAUUCUUGGGAGUGAAGCUAGAGUGAAGUAAAGAUGGUGAGUAACUCCUUAGGAGCUUUGUGUGAGAAAAUCGGAGCAUGCAGCGGACGAGUGUGUAGUGGACCGAGGUGUGUGUAAGAGACAAAAAGUAGAGAUGGAGCCACCAUCGAGGCAAGCUCCGGUGGGGAGAGUAAACAGUAGACUUAUUUUGUGGAUGGUUAUUUUAGGAAAAAAAGUAUAUGAUUUUAGUUGGUAAAUAAACUCUAAAUUAUUAUUAUUAUGGUCUAUCCUUUGGGACCUGGGAGUUCAGGUGCUCCAGCAGAGUGCUGGCGGCCGGCUCCAGCGCGCUGUCGGCGAUGGCGGCCACGUACACCUGGUCGGCGUACGUGAACACGGACACGGCUAUGCCGGGCGCGCCCUGCGCAGGCAGCAGCGGGUACACGCCCUUGAGCAGGCGCCCGCCCACGGCCAGCGCCGACGGCGGGCCCGGCACGGAGCUGAACUGCAGGCUGGCCUUGGAGGCGACGGCGGCGAGCAGGCGGCGCGCCAGCCCCCCAGGCCCGGCCGCCACCAGCGCCGCGGUCGCCGCGUACACGGCCGCGUGGUCGGCGGACGAGCGCAGGGCGUCCAGCAGCCGGCGCGUCGCCCACAGGCGCGGCACCGCCCCUUCCACGCCGACGGGCAGCCCCAGGAGUACGGGCGCCAGCUUGCUGCCCAGGCGGCGGCCGCCGGGGCGAGUGGGGCUCACGUCGCCGCGCAUGUCCACCGGGAGCACCACCUGCAGGGCGCGCAGCUCCGUCACCACGGUCCACCGGUGUCUUUUGAGACCUGCUUGAUGCGCGCCACCUUGGGCAGCGCUAUGGCCGCGGACCAGGCGACGGUGGCUCGCCCCGUGCAGCUUGCUCCUCGC